AUGGCCAUUGGCGACGGGGUGCUCACACCAACAAUAUCAGGUUCCCUGCCGGCGAUAUGAUACCUUCUUGGGCAAUUUUCCCUUUUAUUCCGCUUUUUGGUCGCUCUAGAACACGAUUUCCGGACGAAUCCAGUCAUCUGUGAAGGAUUCCAUCCUCUAGAACAUGUUUUUCGGAAAAAAAAAAUCGGUCAUCUGCGAAGAAUUUCAUCCAUCAUCAUGCUAAAACCCUUCCCUCGGAUUGAGAAUUUGAGCUUGUCUGAAAGAUUCAGAGUACAGUGCCUCUGAACCUCCUGGUUUUUACACCCAUGAGCUCAAAAAGGUAAAUCAUUAAAGCUUCUGACGGCGCGAUUAAAUCAUUAAAGGUAGAUCAGUUCAGAUGGGACUUAUUAACUGUGGGUUUAUUUCUCUCGGGUGGCCUCCAUACAUAUUAACUGGUUUUUUCACAAUCCGCAUGAGAUUUUCUCUUGAAUUCAUCACAGUUUUAAUAUUUCUUUGGGUUUUUUAAAAUUUUUCCCCAGUUCUUUCAGCAGUAUCAGGCGUGAGGGUGAAACUGACUCAUCUGCAUGAGAGUAAGUGAACCUCCUGCUGCAGCCAAGAGAGCUCGAAUUCGGAUAUCUCCCGCGUAUAACGAUCCAACUCGCUUUUCAGACUAUGUUGUGGCGAUCUCAUGCAUAAUCUUGGUGGGCCUCUUCUCUCUCCAGCACCACGGCACCCACCGGGUCGCCUUCAUCUUUGCUCCAAUUGUUGCAGCCUGGCUUCUUUGCAUCAGCUCCAUUGGAGUGUACAACAUAGCUCGGUGGAAUCCGGGCAUAUUUCGCGCCAUUUCACCCUCCUACCUCGUGAGGUUCCUCAGGGCAACCGGGGUCGAAGGAUGGGUUUCCCUUGGCGGGGUCGUUCUCUGCAUUACAGGUACGAUGCAAUAAAUAGAUAGAUAGAUAGAGAGAGAGAGAGAGAGAGAGAGAGAGAGAGAGAGAGAGGAUGAAUGAAGAUGCCGGGGAAUGACAGUCUGCGACGUAAUUUGUUCAGGAGCGGAGACCAUGUUUGCUGAUCUGGGGCAUUUCUCGCCGACUUCAAUAAAGGUAGCGCCUUUCCCCAUCUGAAACAGCAGAGUGUGGAACCCGUUUCCCGAAGCUUCGUUCUAAGGCGACAACCUUGAGUUUCAGAUCGCCUUCUCCUUUCUCGUGUAUCCCUGUCUGGUUCUGGCGUACAUGGGAGAGGCGGCCUUCUUGUCCAGGCAUCACGAAGAUAUACAGAGGAGUUUCUACAGGGCCAUACCAGGCAAGGCGUAUCACCUGAUGGAUGCUGCCCGAGUUAACCUAACUCCCCGGCGUGUUUCCUGAUUCAUAGAAGCAUUUGUGAUGCAGAAGCUGUGUUCUGGCCGGUUUUCCUGGUGGCGACUUCUGCGGCUGUCGUGGGGAGCCAGGCGGCGAUUUCGGCGACCUUCUCGAUCGUGAGCCAGUGCUGUGCGCUGAAUUGCUUCCCCCGCGUGAAGAUCAUUCAUACGUCGAAGAAGAUAUAUGGGCAGGUCUACAUCCCCGAGGUCAACUGGGUUCUGAUGUGCCUCUGCUUAGCGGUCACCAUUGGGUUAAGGGACACCAACAAAAUCGGCCAUGCUUAUGGUACGCCCAUCAUCCUCCAAUGGAAAGUUCUUCACCAUCAUCUCUCACUCUCUCUCUCUCUUGGGUUUUUGCAAGCUUACGAAUCAUCUCUCUCUCUCUCUCUCUCUCUCUCUCUCUCUCUCUCUCUCUCUCUCUCUCUCUCUCUCUCUCUCUUGGUGGUUUUCAGGGCUGGCUGUUUCCACGGUGAUGUUUGUGACCACCUGCUUGAUGUCUCUGGUCAUGAUAAUCGUGUGGAAGCAGAGAAUGGUGUGGGCCACUCUCUUUCUGGUGUUCUUCGGAUCCAUCGAGAUGCUCUACGUUUCGGCCUCGACCGUGAAGGUCCCAGAAGGGGGUUGGAUCCCUCUCUCGCUGUCUGCGGUGUUCAUGGUGAUCAUGUACGUGUGGAACUACGGCACUCUGAAGAAGCACGAGUUCGACCUGGAGAACAAGGUCUCCAUGAAGAGGAUCCUCGCUCUGGGCCCCAGCCUAGGGAUGGUCCGCGUUCCCGGGAUCGGCCUCAUCUACGCCGAUAUAGUCACGGGUUUGCCGUCCAUCUUUGGCCACUUCGCCACCAACCUCCCCGCCUUCCACCAGGUCCUGGUUUUCGUCUGCGUGAAGUCCGUUCAGGUGCCGCACGUCUCCGACGAGGAGCGGUUCCUGGUCGGCCGGCUCGGCCCCGAGGAGUUCAGGAUGUUCAGGUGCGUAGUGAGGUACGGCUACAGGGAUCUGCAGCAGGAGAACCAUGACUUCGAGGCCCAGCUAGUCUCGAGGAUCUUGGCCUUCGUGGAGAUGGAAGGAGAGGACUGCAUGGUGGUGUCCAGGGGGAGGUAUCUCUCCGAGCUGGGGGCGAUCUCAGAUGGCGACAGCCUCUCAAAUCCGGCGCUACCCAGUCCGGCGGACGGCGGCGGAAGCCCCGCCCAUGACCGGUCCGGCGACAUCGAGGUGGAGAAACCAGAGGACCGCGGCCUGGCAGAGUGCUCCUUCAUCACCAAGGACGAGUCUGUGGAGAUCCUCAGAGCCAGGGAGUCCGGAGUCGCCUAUAUCCUAGGGCGCUCCCACGCCAAGGCGAAGAAAUCGUCCCCCUUAAUCAAGAAGAUCGCCAUCAAUAUCAUCUUUGGCUUCCUCAGCAAGAAUUGCAGGGGAUCUGAGGUCGUUCUGAACGUCCCUUACUCCUCAGUUCUCGAAGUCGGCAUGGUUUACUACAUCUGA